GCACGAUGUUCAGCGUGUCGUCUAGCACGUUUACCAACUCCUGUAGAGACACGCCCAUGUUCGGAUUGCAGCAUCCCUAUUCGUGCAAAUGGUCCAUACAUUCGCCGUGAGGUUUGUCGCCAUUCAGCACGUUUACAUCGUUCCCAAGCUUCCACCAACCUGGCGAUAUAUUAUUGUUGUGACUGCGGCAAUCUUUUCGCAAAUUCUACCCGCUAUGCUCGCUGUAUGCGCUGCCGUGCUGCAAGAUCAAGGAUCUCUCGAUCCGGAUAUGCGUAUGCUGAACAGCCUACAUAACAUAGUUACGCAGCGUCCAAGUUCAUCACACCAUUUAUCAACCACCAAUGACUUUCACCAUAUGCCAUCAUCUGCUCACCCAAACACCCCCACUAUUGCUUACAAAAUCCGCGGGAAUGCCACACUUAUCGAUAAUUGGACCGGUCCUUGUUACUUUACCGCCGCCUUUCCGACCCUUUUCCCUGCAGGCAUUGGGGGUCAUCUGGAUGAACGCGACACUCCUGUUUCCCUAUCAGCUUUUGCAGAAUGGGCAUUGCAUCACCAUAGCAGAAGGUUUGCCCGUCAUAGAACCUUUAUGUACGUGAUAUAUGACGUGCUGCAGUUGCGCAAGUCAUCUGUGAGUAACAAGAUGCUCAUUAAACGUCAGCAUUGGAAUGCUGCCACAGAUAAUAUUGCCUCAUUGACGCUAGGCCAACUGCAAGAUGCAGCAAAAGCCUUAUCAACUGGCCAAAGAGUCGACGACCCAGUCAUUCGACGGUUACAGCGGAAUUUGAUAACAAUCGGAACCCAUGCCCGGCUCUUUCGCCCAGAAGCUCCUUGGCAUUCUAGUGACCUAACAUUUGAUACUUGUAUACUCGUUGCUCUGGUCUGGUGUCGUGAAAUCAAUGCUGGAGACGCACUGUCCGUGAUUCUGGGUGUCUUUCUGAAUUCUGAUACUAGAGAUAGGUGCACUUGUUAGCCGAGAGUGAAACCUUUGCACUAUCUAUCUCAUCACGCACGCUGGUGGAUAAUGGACGAUGGUGACUAGGGGCAUGAUUUAGGUUUUGAGUAAUUGUUGCUGCUAGCGGCCAUCAAUAUCUACUUUUUGUGUAUCGUUGAAGGGAUGAAGACGGAUAACGAGCGUAACACUGAA